AUGGACGCCGACACUAAUAACCACGGCCACGACGGGCAAAACAAGGACACGCAUAUUGCGACGACGUCGCAAGACGAGCAUCAGGGAAGUAGGACGAACGAAAUCCGCACGCGUACAACGAGUGCUCGCGUUUCGCGUCCCACCUGGAAGGUACUUGAACAAGGCAAUGAAGGCAAGGCGUCGCGCGGGGUGACUCAAGCCGCUAGAUCGUGUAGUAAGAGUGAUACUGCCCGGGCUACAGACACCGAGGGCAGGGAAGCUGUCAACGACGUCCCUGAAAGGCAAAUACGGAGACGGUGGGCGAUCCACCAGAAGGGCAAGCAACCCGUACUCGGCCAAGGGGAAGAGGGAACCAAUGCGGACGCCCAAACGCGGACGACGGUGACGCGUUCCAGAAAGGGCAAUUUACCUGGGGUUGAGAGUACGGGCGAUCCGCCGGAAGCGCGAGCAACUCGCACAGGACAAGGAGAAAGGAGUGCUUCAAAGAGUACGGGCGAUCCGCCGGAAGCACGAGCAACUCGCACACGACAAGGAGAAAAGAGUGCUUCAAAGGGAACCGAUGGGCACGUCCCAACACGGACGAGGGCUACGCGUUCCGUAAAGGGCGGUUUACCUAGCAUUGAGACAAUCCGCCGGAAGCGCGAGCAACUCGCGCGCAACGAGGAGGAAGGAGUACAUCAUCGAAGGCAUGUCAUUCUUUCCCCUGAUAUCGACAAGCGUAUGAGGGCAACCCGUUUUGGCAAGGGCAACUUACCAGGUGUCGAGGAGGACGAGGAGUCAGAUUUUAGUGGUGAUCCUGCGGUACAUGUGCCAAAUGAUCCUGCAAAGCGCAAGAGAAAUGACCGCAAUGACAAGGAUUUGGCGAAUACACGACAAAAGCGGCAGAACCUCACGCCAGAGCAACACAUUGAUCGCCCUCGCCCUCAGAGCAAAGGAUUGAACGCAGCUGUUGUGCAACCAAUCCAAUCGCCCGAAGACGCGGACGACCUGCCGAGGUUGAGCGGAGUGGACACGAACGUGGGCAACGCGGACGUCUUUGCCCCCCGAUCUUCCCCUCAGCAGCCGCCUCCCUCCGCCACGAGCCCGAGAGAAGACGCGGACGACCUGCCGAGGUUGAGCGGAGUGGACACGAACGUGGGCAGCGCGGACGUCUUUGCCCCCCGAUCUUCCCCUCCGCAGCCGCCUCUCUCCUCCACGAGCCCGAGAGAAGACGCGGACGACCUGCCGAGGUUGAGCGGAGUGGACACGAAC